AUGAAGCUCUUUCAAGCAUGGAUUCUCACUUCACUAUGGGCUUCUACCCUUGCCGCUCCCGCAGUUGUUUGGAAGAAGAAUAGUCAAGCCGGAACCCGGACACUACAAGUCUCGGAAUCCAUUGAAGCAUCUGAAUUGAUGACCUCUGUUUUGGAGGAUGUUUCUCCUUCAGAAUCAUCAUCAUCAUCGUCGUCAUUGUCUUCGGUUGUCUUCCUUGUCAAAAAAGGCGAAGGCGGUUCCGAGUCUCUGACUGAACUUGCGUCGAAUGGAAAACUUCCAGAAACAACCAAUAAAUACAACGAUGCCACCGGUGUCUACCAUCAUGUUUCGGGCAUUGAAAGCCCAGUCGCCAUGGUUCGUGAAUGCGGCCGUGCCAACAAUAAUGGACACAAGGUUCUACAAGUUACUCUUAACGAAUUGAAUUCCAAAUUGGCACCUCCCACUGAGGUUGAGGAUACCAAGUCCAAGAGUGCCAUUAAGAGAGCUAAGGAUCUUGGAAAGGCCGAUGUCCUUGUGGUUCUAGUAGAUCCCCGUGAAGACAUUGAUGAAACGAUUGCACGAACCAUUGAUAAUGAAAAUGUCGAAUCCGUUGUUUUGACUGCCAUUCGAUCCAUUGAUGAGGUCAAGCUCGAACGUCGUUUGAUGGCCCAGAAGCGUCACAAUGCCAUGAUGAAGGCGGGAGAGAGACAUUUGGAAUCCAGACGCCGUCGUUUGGAAGAAGACAAUGGGGACAACAACAACAACAACAAUAAUAACAACAACAACAACAAUGCGGACAUGAGUGGAGUAUACUACGUGCACAUGACUCCAAAUAUUCUUUCUGGUCUGUUGUUUGGAUUCAUGUUUGUUACUGUCACCUACAUUGGUAUUCAAUGCAUGGCUGCCAUUAGCGGACAAGAUGUCUAUGUCAGCAAGAUGCCUACCGUCGGACGUGAGGCUUAA